AAAUCUGAAAAUAAAAAGCAUAAGAAGACAAAAACCUCAAAGCCACCGAAAUAUGAACUGACACGUGCCCAUUUGUUUUCCUUGUUGAUCCACAAAAAACCUUAUUUGUUUGUCACAUCAUCCAUUUCUCUCCCAUCUUCUGCCCUUUUCCUCACGCGAGCUGCCUUUCCUUUCUGUUUUUGUACUCUGCACUGCCUUUCAAUAUUAUCAUCUUUGAUUGUGAUCCAUCAUCAUGACAUGAACUUUGUCCUGUAGCAUAGUAGCAGCAAAAGGGUUUCUCUCAAAUUCUUAAAGUUUUCAUUUUUCACAAAAAGGGUUGUUGUUGUCUAAGAUGAGUUUAAGAACAAAAAAAGAUGUUUCAUCUUCUGAAAUUCAUAUACCAGCUGAGAUUGAUUGGCAUAUGUUAGACAAAUCAAAGUUUUUCUUCCUUGGCGCCGCCUUAUUCUCUGGUGUUUCAGCAGCACUUUAUCCAAUGGUUGUGUUGAAAACUCGUCAACAGGUUUCUUCUUCACACUAUUCUUGUAUCAACAUGUCUUGUGCUAUUAUGCGUUAUGAAGGUUUUAGAGGUUUUUAUAAAGGUUUUGGUACUUCUUUAAUGGGAACUAUUCCUGCUAGAGCACUUUAUAUGACAGCACUUGAAGUUACUAAGAGUAACGUUGGUACUGCUUUUGUUGAAUUGGGUUUUUCUGAUAAUACUGCUACUGCUAUUGCUAGUGCUGCUGCUGGUGUUACUUCUGCUAUGUCUGCACAAUUAGUUUGGACCCCAAUUGAUGUUGUGAGUCAAAGACUCAUGGUACAAGGUUGUACUAGUAGUAGUAGUGGUAGUAGUGUUGGUGGUGGAAAGAGUAUUUUGGCUAAUCUUAACUCUGAGAAUUAUAGAAAUGGUUUUGAUGUUUUUAGGAAAAUUCUAUAUGCUGAUGGACCAAGAGGGUUCUAUAGAGGAUUUGGGAUUUCAAUUCUGACUUAUGCACCUUCUAAUGCUGUUUGGUGGACUUCAUAUUCUAUGGUUCAUAGGUUCAUUUGGGGUAAUUUUGGUUCAUGUUUGUGUAAGAGUGAUAAUUUGAGUGAUGGUUGUGUUGGUUUUAGGCCUGAUUCUAAGGCAAUGGUGGGUGUACAAGGUUUAAGUGCUGUUGUGGCUAGUGGAGUUUCUGCAAUUGUGACAAUGCCUUUUGAUACAAUUAAGACUAGGUUGCAGGUUUUGGAUACAGAAGAGAAUGGUAGAAGAAGGCCAUUAACUUUUGUGCAAACUGUUAGGAGUUUGGUGAAUGAAGGUGGUUUGUUUGCUUGUUACAGAGGAUUAGGACCAAGGUGGGUUUCUAUGUCUAUGUCUGCCACAACUAUGAUUACUACUUACGAGUUUUUGAAACGCUUGUCUACCAAGAGGCAAGAUUGAUUCAAUUGAGUUUUAUGAUAUACUUCAAUCAGUAAAAGAUCUGUAAAUAAGAUCAUGGUUUUAAAUUGCGUUGGCAAUUGUGGUUACGUUGUUAAACUUGCAAUUGCAAUGUCGUUGCAGAGACAUCAAAAUCUUUUGUACGAAGACAUAUCAAAUUUUGUAUUUUGCGGCGGUAUUUGCAGUUGCAGGUCACAAUUUAGAACUAUGCAUAGGAUUAUAGGUAUUAGGAUUAGGAAUUUAGGAUUGGUUUGUUUUUUUGUUCUUUGGAAUGUUCUUUCUAAAUUUUAGUUUGUUAGGUUCUGAUGCUCAUGUCAUGUAUGAUGAAUGAGCUUGUAAAUUUAACUCUUUUGCUUUUCUAAUCUAAAAAGUUACAAAAUAUGUUUCCUAUAAUUGUUAGUACUAACUCGUAUUUUUGAAGUUUUUUUGUCUUUCAUAUUUAGAAGUAAUGCUCCUUAGAUUACUCUAUGAAUUCAUGUCUUGAGUGUGAGGGUUAGAUGGAUAGGACU